GACUUCGCGACUUGCCGUACACAGGCUAUAAACAGGCUGUUUAUGGAGUCGUCGCUUUCCCCUCAACUGCGUCUUUUUAAUGGGACUUCCUUUAUCUACUCACAAAAGCACCUUGAUACUUGACAGCACACGACAUACUUGAUAAACACCGAUGGCCUCAGUUGGGUGACACGUUGAGUUUUCGCGAAACCACCAGGCAAAAACAAACUCGCAAAGUGCCGCGGUGCAUUGUGGGACUUACAGUCUGUGCCACAUAUCCGUUUAGAGACGAGCAACUUUGUACAGUCUGUCUGGAGCCGGGAGCGAGUCCAGCAGCGACAAAUGCAGCCUUCUCUUUCAGGAUGUUUACCCGGGACUCUGCUUCAACGUCUGGGUGUCGUUAGGUGGAGCUAAACCGCAGGACUGUGGAUAUAAUUCACGUUUGGGAAAAACUUUGGCGGCUCCAUAGCGAGUUAAGCUAACCGCGGCGAAGAUUAGCUCACUAAGCUAACAUUCAGUGAGAGGAGGAGAGGACAGUCCUUGAAUACUACCUCCAGCUCUUUAACAGUCUAUAUGUGACACCUGUAUUGCUUGUGAGAGCUACUAUAGAGUACUGCAACAUGGACCACAAUAAGCAUAAUCUGUUCUGGGGGUUGAGAUCUGUGCUGCUACCAGCUGUGGGCUUCCAUUGAGCCUCCCCUUGAUCAAACACUGACUAUGAGGUUGCCGGGAUAUUUCUCAGAGGAGGCGUGUUAAGCUGUGAUCAUCCUUCUCAUCUGCAAAUAAUGUCCGACUUUGAAAGUUCCGGUUCAUAUUUGGGUUUGGAGGAUCCGCAGUGGCUGUGCAUGGUCACACUUUUCUUCGCAUCUCUGGUCACUCUGCUGCUGUAUUUCCUGCAGUAUUUCCAACAGAAGGGUGUCGGGGAUGAGAGGACAGCAGCCGAGGACAAUGCGGCGAAGGAGGAAGCCGCGGCUCUGCUGGGAUGGGCGCUGUCACUGGGAAGCUGGAAAAGCCAGUGGAGAAGGGCUUGGUGCAGGGCUUUGAAUGAGCAAUCGAGGAAGAGUGGGAGUCCGGUUCUUUUGACAUUUGACGAGGAUGAUCUUGAAGCAUCCGAGCUCAUGGUCAGCCAAGUGUCCAGCUUUCAGAAGUCUGCCAGGAACAAGGCCGCCCGCUGCAGUGUGGUCGGGGAGAAGCUUCAGUUCUCUCUCGGUGUAUCAUCGACAGCCACGGCUACAGCAGAACCUUGUAAAUACACCGCCUGUAUAGCUCCGCUGGAGCUGCAGCUUGACCUGCAAAUGCAAGAAGCUGAUGAUGAGGUCAAGGUGAGCUGGGGAGUGUCUCACCUGGAGACAGGGGAGCUGCAGGUGACACCCACUUUCACCCAGAACAAUGCCAACACCUCCAGUGUAGCAGCCAUAAGGGAGCAGUUGAGGCAGCUGUUGUGUGCGACGCGUCCCUCUGUGUUGCUGAGCUGCAGGCCUGCUCAGGCAUCAGAGGUCAAGGGAGCGCGCAAUCAAGUGGUUUCACCCCCAAAACCCCCCCGAGCCCACGACUGGAAGCUGCUGGUGAAGAACAUACGGGUGACACUGAAUCAGGAGGAGGAUGCUGCAGGCAGCAUGAAUCCUCUGUGUGUAAUGCAGUUAGACGAUCCUCCACAGAGACUUAACACCUCCGUUUUGAAGAACACAACCAAUCCUGCCUGGGACCAGCCGUUUAUCUUUGAAUUGAACGGAAGAUCAAAAGAGCUCAAUAUUCAGUUAAUGAAUGAUGGACAACCUCAAGAGAAUUCAUUACUCGGUCAGGUGUCGGUGCCUUUUGAUCUUGUGAAGAAGCAGCCCAAAGGACAGCACACAUUUGCACUCAUGACCAAAGACGUAGUGACUGGAUCACUAACUACUGAUUUUACCUACCUGGAGCCCAGUGAGGUGAGGUCCUGGCACCCUCCCACCCCAGCCUCCAACAGGAGGGUGGAGAUGGACCGUACAGUCAUGCCCUGUGGCACGGUGGUCACCACCAUCACCGCGGUGAAGAGCAAGCCGGGUCGACCCCCCCCUCUUGGACUCAACAUAGAUCCUACCCAGAAAGCUGUGGCCAUCAAGUCCAAGCUGUCGGAGCGGCGCGUAUCGGAGCAGGCGUCCAUGAUGGGGGCUACAGUCAGCAAGGCCUUGUCCUCCUCUGACACCGAGCUGCUGAUGCUCAACGGCACCGACCCGGUGGCCGAGGCCGCCAUCAGACAGCUCCACCAGUCCGCCAAGCAGAAGCUCAAGUCCCCGGUGAAGAAGAGUACAAUCAUCAUCUCUGGGAUCGCCAAAACGCCCAUGUCUCAGGAUGACGAGCUAGCUCUGAUGGCGGGCUACGCCGCAGCGAUGGACGCCUCCAUGUCCGAGGCCAGCUCCACUCAGGAUGUGACCGCAGCGAUCGCCACAGGGAGCAGUAGCCCUCCAGACAUGUCUGAGCCCCAGGAGGGCCCCGUCGGAAUAGGCCGGCCUCCGGAGGACUGGGAGAGCCAGACCGGAGAGGAACUGGACAACAGCUCGCUAUCCAUGUGUGUGUCCGAGGCAAGCUGCAAGAAAAGAAGAGGCAGCUUCCUCCAGAAGAGUGCCAAGCUAUUCUUCCGGCGGCGUCACCAGCGCAAGGACCCGGGGAUGAGCCAGUCACACAACGACCUGGUGUACCUGGAGUCUCCGGCUGCAGUGGAGCAGGCCAGCCGAACAGCCACGCUCAGCCGCAUGCUGCACCGCAGGAGUAAGAAUAAGAACAAGGCCAACGGCUCUACCUCCAUGGGGGAGCCACGUGCGUGACCCCCUCAGCCCCUCCUACGAACAACUACUACCAUCACCACCUCCACCUCAACCUUGCACUGGCAAACUUCCUGGCUGACUUACUCCCCCUAACGCCCAGCCUGCAGCCUGCAGCCGGCUCCUGCAUUGUUAAUGGGAAAGCUGUGCAGAUGGGAAAUAAUAUCCUCUUUAAGCCGUUUCCUGCUUCCUUUUAAGAGGCAGAUAUUCCAGCAAAAGCAGGCGUGUGCAUGUGUGAAUGAAGGUCCUCCUGUCUCGGAGUAACGGCAUUUCAGAGGAUAUUGUUUUGCAUGGUUAUUUUAUCUCAUUUUAUGCAACAUUUUUUUUAAAUCUUUUAAGCGCUUAUGUGGCCUUUUUUACGGACAGAAGGGACCGAUGUGGGCUGUCACUCUUUACUUCACCGACACUGAGGGCGAAGAGUAAACUCUCCCUGCUGUAAUCCAUACGUUUCCUACGGUGGACCAACAGGACCAAAGAUGAACAGAAGAGUGGUGUUUGUAUGAUUUGCACAACUUUAGUAUCUUUAUUUAAAGUGCAAUGACAGGAGCUGCUCUUGCAACACAUUCACAAAGGGAGAUGAACUUUUCACUGACGUCAGUGGGAGAUAGUAACGCGAUUACUUUUCGACACUAAUAAUAUGAAAAUGUGGUAUUUAUAUUGGCUCAUUUAAAAAUCCUUGUAAGGUUAAUUCCAGGUGGAACAAGGUCAGAACAACAGCCAGAUGUAAUGUGCGCAUGAAAGCUGUAAAACAAAGCUAUCCGCAAAAAAAAAAAAAAAAAAAAAAAGUCAGCCUUGUGUUUAACAAAGACAUCAGAACCAGUCGUGUAUGAUUGGAAUACCGGCUACAGAACAGGUAACAGGUUUACAUGGAACUUUAGCUACAGGAGAGCGUUUUCAAGUGAUAUGCAACUUUUCUUCUUUGUCUUCCUAAAAGAGUCCACCUGUACACUACUGUCAUCAGCAGGGUUGUUAAUGUGUCAAAAGGGAACCAGAAAGAACCUUUUAUCCAGGGACUGUGACGUUACACUCGGCCAUACUCGCAGCAUAACGUACUAAUGAAAAAUCCAUCCGAAAUGAAAUCCUCCAUUCUUUUAUCGGAUGUUUUAUUGUUUUUUUAAAAGAUGUAGCUUUGAACACAUGAACACGAGAACGUGUGAACGAACACCUUUGGGAGCUACCAAAUAGUUUGGCUGCUUCUAAUUUUUUUUUUUAUCCAGCUAAUGAUUGUACUUUUUUGCGAGCAGCUUGUUGAAGACAUUUUCUGUACAUCAUGUUAACUACUGUCUCUUCAAUGGUCUGCUCAGAGAAUGGCUGCGGCAGUGACGGACAGAACUAACAGAUUGCCUUACAGUUAGUCUAAGGAUGACGUUGCAGGGAAGGGACUUGUCCUCUUGGUUCCUGAGGCCGUCUCCGCCGUCACAACUGAACUGUUGGAGAGUCGAGGUUACCACCAUGUUCCUGAACCAUCAUCUAGAAGCCUAUGCACAUAACACGUUAACUGAGCGUUUGCAUUAUUAGACUAUCUGAGAAUUAAAAAAACAACUCAAUUUGCUGUUCGUGACACUGUCCUGCAGAUGCAGUGUGGGUUGUCUUUUGUGUCCAGUAAAUUAAAAUACAUGACAGAGCUAUGAUCCCUCUCUUUCACCAUCAUGGGUUCUGUUUUAAAACAUAUAAAAGCGCAGAUUCGGGCUAAGGAAAAUUCUGUUAUUUUUUUCCUUUUCUUUAUUUAAACUCUGAGGAAGAAAGGAGGGGGGUCAAGUUCCUCAUGCCCAGCUACAGAGCUUAUUGCAGCCUGCAAGCAUUGGCUACUGUCAUGCAUCCAGUAAGCAGUAGGGCUGCAUGUGAUUAAUAAACAACUUCCUGAUGUUUUUUUUGUUUGUUUUUAUCGGCAUCUGCUCUGUGCACACAAGCCGACUGACAUAGCGGUUUUUGCAGAGCGUCCGUCAUUUCCCUGCAGGGAUUGUAACUAAUACACAUAUCGAGUUAUUUCAUUUUCAGCAAUAAAUAUUGAUUGAAUAACCGAGAAUGUGGUGCCACUUUGAAUGUCCAGGCUGUAGGGGAUCCUCCCCAAUGUUUAGCACAUGAUGCGUGUUUCAGUGAAAAGGAAUCUCCCUGUUAUUAUGUCAUUUUAAUCUGGAAAGUCCUCAGAGGUAUAUUUUCACAU